GGCAACAAGAGAGGACCUCAAUGAGGAGGAACUUACAUCCUCUUUGAUCGCAUCCCAGCCUUUGCAUCCAGCGGUGACAUCUGGACGGACGAGCCGCAGACUGAGCUCAGGGAGACGGACAGCUGGAAGAGAAAACAACCCGAUGAUAUUCCGGAGCUGCACUGUGCACAUGCUGGAUUUUUUUUUAAUUUGAGAACCGACGCUGCAACAUUUGAACAGUUGGAUUGUAAAGAUAAUUUAGUUAAAGAUAACAGUGCAGGCUGCAGGAUGAGCUUGUGUUCUGCAGGGAGAGCAGAGCAGUGCGUUUGAGUGGGACAUGGCUAACGGAGGAGACCAGUUCGGCCUUGCAGAGCCUCCGGACUCUGACUCCAUGGAUUCCCCAAAAGAGCCCAAACAGAAGAAUCCCAGCUGCACUUUAAGCUCUCCGGCUUCACCGCAGGAACCGGCCUGUACUGCGGACCACAAUGGGAUGGAAGGAAUCAAAGUUCUCCUCCACGACAGGGAACUCUGGACAAAGUUUGAUGAAGUAGGGACUGAAAUGAUCAUCACCAAGGCCGGAAGGAGGAUGUUCCCCAGCUACAAGGUGAAGGUCACAGGACUCAACCCUAAAACCAAGUACAUCCUGCUGAUGGACAUUGUGCCAGCAGACGACCACCGCUACAAGUUUGCAGACAACAAAUGGUCGGUAACGGGGAAGGCAGAGCCCGCGAUGCCCGGGAGGCUCUACGUCCACCCGGACUCUCCUGCCACCGGGGCCCACUGGAGCCGCCAGCUCGUCUCCUUCCAGAAGCUCAAACUCACCAACAACCACCUGGACCCCUUUGGACAUAUAAUACUCAACUCCAUGCACAAAUACCAGCCCCGGCUUCACAUUGUGAAGGCUGACGAGAACAACGGCUUCGGCUCAAAAAACACGGCUUUCUGCACCCACGUCUUCUCUGAGACUGCCUUCAUCGCUGUGACGUCCUACCAGAACCACAAGAUUACACAGCUGAAGAUAGAGAAUAAUCCUUUUGCCAAGGGCUUCAGAGGCAGCGAUGACAAUGAGCUGCACCGCAUGGCCAAGCUACAAGGUAAGGACUACCCUGUGGUCCCUCGCAGUACUGUCCGUCAGAGAGCCUGUUCCACCGGUAGUCCCUUCAGUGGGGAGGGCCAGGGUCUGCAUGGAUCUCCCGAAGCUGUCGGAUCCCCCUUCAGCUGCGAGAACGGCUUGAGCAGCGGCAGUCCCCGGGAGCUGCUGAGGGCUCCACCGGCCCACUACACCCUUCCUCAUCCUCAGCUGCAGCGCGGCCAACCGCCGCAGGUCUACCACUGCACCAAGAGGAAAGUGGAGGAGAACUGCUCUUCAGGAAACCGGCAGCCCCCUUACAAGAAACCCUUCACCGGUGGCUCUCCGAGUGAGGGCGAGUCUUACUAUCACCCCUCCUCCUAUCCUCCUCCUCCUCCACCCGGUCUAUCCAACAACCCACUCAGCGACUCCCCCUACAGCUCAGGCAUGGGACAGCGUCAGGCUUGCAUGUUUGCGGGCUCCGAGCCCCGACUGGAUGAACUCAACUGUACAUCCUGGUCAUACACCUGCCCGCUCCCCUCUGCCAUGACCCCAAUGGAAACCUACCCACCUUACACCCCUCAUCCUCCCUACAGCUCCAGCCCUCAGGGCUCCCGACUCAGCGCUUUAGCCCACCAGAGCUCUCCGCCACUGGGAGAACACAUCGCCCACGACCCCUAUCAGAGCCAGAGCUCUGGACCUUCAUCUCAGAGCUCCCAAAACAUUCACAGCAGGCAGCUCAGCCCUCCUCUCAGAGAGUAUCCUCGCUACACGGCCACCCUGUCUCCCCCUCUCUACCACACACUAGAAACACACACACACAUCAGAUGUGGUGUCCCAGAAUGGAGUGCAGCCUCCUAACUGAACCAGGGGACACAUGAAAGACUGAUUAAUGGACAGAGAUUCCUCGUCUCGGAUUCAGUGACCCUUCUUUUUGCUUUGCGGAGAGAUGCUGUGCCAUAUACGGACUAAAUAUGAUAUGACCUUUGUAAAAUAUUUGUGAAAAGUGAUUUGUUUUGUGUGAAGAAGUUUAAUCUGUUCCUCGUUUCCCCUCCCCUGUGCUGGAUGGAGCAUUGGAUUGUUAAAGACUUGAUUUGGACAUCCAUGAAGUGUUAAAAAAAAAAGAGUCCAAGCAGCACAAUCAAAGUUGUACUUUAUUGUCUUUUCAUAGCCCAAAGACUGGUGUCAUCCCCAUGUUUUCACUGUGAGCCCUGCUAAGGCCAGAACCUGAGCAGCACUAGGCUGUUUUCCUCUCAAUGACUCCCACUCUCUUCAUUGUGAAGGAUGUAAUUGUGACCCACUAUCAGAGAGGCGGUAACAUUUACUGACCAAAAUAAUCUCAGCUCUCACAGCAGAGCCUGAGGGAGACAUUGUUUCUCUUUAGUGGAGCAAAGCACGGCUCCACGCUCAGUCUCAGUGAAGGAGAAAAGGCAUGAGUUGUCUGUGCCUGUGUGUGUUCGUAUGUAAAGCCUUUGUCAGUUCAGCUCAAGGAUGCUACGAGUUAAUUUCCAAUGAGACAGGCAGUAGUAGCUGCAGGCGUUGCACCAUAGAAAUAAACAGUUUGUUUAGACCACGCUACAGGCUGAAGGACCUGUAAACACUGCUUCCACUGCAUUCUGGGUAAAUGCACAACUCAGCAUCACGCAACUGUCACCGCUGUCCUCUCAGUCACCCCCAGCUGACCAAUCAGCUCUCUCUGUUCACUGAGAGCCAGCCAAUGAACACGCAGGUCUCUUUUAUCCCCAGCUGACCAGUGAGAGCUGUGUGCU